AUGCGUGGGGGUAGUCUCUUCUUUACUUUCUACUCUUUCCUUAUGACAUUUGAUUCAGCCUUCCCCAUGGAAGCACCUUUGGCAGUGAAGCCACUGCAAGUUGUCUUACUUGCCCAAGAGAUUAUAGAAGCUAAACUUUCUGCUGUGGAAGAAGACAUUACUUACUUAGAGAAAAAACGAGCCUGUUACGUCCAGCAGAGGCUGGAGAUAGCAUGUGAACUGCAGAGAAGGCAAAUGCUGGCUAUGCCUAUUGGUCAGCUCCCUUUCGAACAUAUAGUUCAGUUCCUCACUGACAGAGACGUGGCGAGGCUAUCCGCUACUAGUCGUCAUUACCGUGUGGCGUGUCGCGACCCUAUUAAAGGGAAAUUGAUGGUCCCUCACAUUGCCCAUGGUGGAACCAGUUCUGCGUCCUUUGGUCGCACCAUGAAGGCUGUGAGCCGACUGUGUCUGCCAAGCAUCGAGAGCAUGAAACUAGAUGCCCGGAAAUCAGGGGCGCAUGGCCUUCUCUCGGCACUGUCUCGCCUAAGUGCGGGUUCGGUAUCGAAUCUUCGGACCUUACGGGUCAACUGCGCUGCUGAGAGGGAGUUCUUUGUUGACAAUCUGCUGGAGUUCUGCACUGAGGUGAUGGCACCCAACCAGCUGGAGUCACUCCAUAUUAGCGGCCUUCGAAGCUUCGAUGCCUUGUGCGAAAUUCUGCGAGCCCAUAGCGCCUCUCUCAAGACGGUGCGAGCGGACUAUUUUGUAGCGGGACACGAGACGGCAUUCGAGAAGGAGGCCCUACCUAUCAUGCCGAAGCUUACAUCAUUAGCUCUUGAUGUGGCAGAUGUGACGACGAUAUCGGCGUCAUUCGCACUGGAAAUGCUCAACGCUAUUGAGCGACCUGAAAUGGUUACGCGAUUGUAUCUUCCUCACGUUGAAAUCAGUGGAGACAGUCACGAUGUUAGUGCUGUAACUAAAGCACUUAGUCGCUUCACUUCUUUGAAGCAACUAGUCCUGAGAUUCGGCUUCAUGCCAGUUAGUGUCGAGAAGCUCAUCAGGAUGCGGCAGAUGGACUUGGGACACCUUCCAGCUGUCUGCAUAUCCGAUCACUUCAUUGUCGCCAUGGAGAAAUGGGCACCCUGGUGGCCUAGCAUUGCUGAGGUGUGGGAGAAGGAGGAUGGGAUUACUGGACUGUCGGUAUUUCACGAGCAGAUCGACUUUGAGGCUCUCGGCACUUCGGCGGCUCGAGAGUGGUCCAAACUUAGUCCCGAGGAACAGCAAAUCCACUCGUGGGCUGGCAAUCCAAUAUGGAAACACAUCUCGCUGGUAACAGUUGUCUAUCUCAGGGAGGGGUAUAUUGCUAUGCUGACUGUUCUCCUCCCUCUUUCAAUUGGUGUUUAUUUUCUACCCUCGUACCAGGAGUUGGCCUCUGUCUUUGUCGAGCUCAUCGGUGUGGCCGCUAUGUGCUUGGGAGUGGUGUACGGUUACCGCUUCGCGAGGAAAAAGUCUAGUAGGAAAGUAUUUCUCGAUAAGUGUUGUAUACCACAGGAUGAUCCAGUAGCUAAGCAAAGGGGUAUAUGCAGUAUCAGUGUCUUUAUCCAUCACUCUAAUAAGCUGGUGAUCCUCUGGACCCCAGACUACUUCUCGAGACUUUGGUGCGUCUUCGAAGUGGCGUCCUUCAUGCGAACACAUAGCCCGGAUGCAAUAAUCUUAGUAUCUUCACUACAGAGUCGGUUUUGUAUUUCGGUCACUGCUUGCGAAGUCGCACUUUUGGUAACCGUCAUCAUUACUGAUUUCUUGUUCAAAAUCCACCCAUUAUCACUGUAUGGUCCUCUGGUUGUACUGAUCAUUAUAGAGGUGGUAAUCACUUUAAUAAUCUGUUUCGAAGUCAUAUCUGGCUUUGUUCCGGCGAAGGCAAAACUCAACAAGCAAGUCGAAGCCUUCCGUGUUGAAGAAGCACAGUGUAGUCUCCCAGAAGAUACUCGUGUACUGCGUCAAACCAUUGCCCGAUGGUAUGGUUCGGAAGCUCAAUUCGAGGAUAGUCUAAGGACUAACUGGCCACGACUAGGAGCCACUCAAGUUCCUGAGUGGUCUUUGAGUGGUAGAAGUCUUGGAAUAGUGAUAUUCCCUUAUGUAAUUAUUUCGGCACCACGAAUAGCCUCUCUUAUAUCUUCGCCUACGAUAGCUCCUAACGACAACUGGUUGCUCUAUGUUCGAGACGUGCUCAUCGCAUGCAUUAUGUUGGCUUGUCGUACACCCUUGCUAGCGUUUGUUGCUUGCAAGCUCACAUCCUCGGCUAAGAGGCGUGGAAUAUCCAACUGGCCUGUGGUUAUCGUCGUUAUAUGCUUUGGUUUGGUAUACGAUAUGGCAGAGAUAGUUGGAGGAGGCGUUGCGUUGUUCGAUUCGAACCUAGCAACACAGCUCAAGCUUCCCGAACCCUAUGGAUGGGUAUUCGUCAUCCCAGCCUUCAUUUGUGCCUUCGCCGUCUGGUGGACUUACCGUGGUCAUGCGAUUCGGUUACGCCGGAGACGUCCUCAGAAAUCGCCCCAAAGCGUGUAUGGAGGCUUCAACUCGACUCUAGUCUUUCACCUCAAAACCUGCAUCUGUCGCGAUUCGCGUCGAGAAGAAAAGGGUCACUCCAAAUAUGGGGAAGAUGACAUUCGACGAUCUUUUGCUACACCGUCAGACCAACGAGAAGCAACUCUUCGGACUCUCCAGCGUAUAUCGGACUUGCUCGACACGGGUCUCACUCCUCGUCAGCUACGACUAUGUGUGGCACUGUUGGAAACUCGGAUUGUUAAUCCCGAAGCACUAGCCCAUGUAAUUACCGAGAUUAGGAGAGAGUGUGGUACAGUUGGAGAUGGCGAGAACGAUGGAGUAGCCCGAGGAAACGUUGCACGUGUUGAUGAUUAA